CCCUCCCCUGCCCUCCUCCCGCCGGCCGGCCGCGGUGGCACCGCCUGGGCCAGGAGGCCUUGCGGGCCCCUUUGCCGAUUCGAGAGUGGGCGGCUGGGCGCGGGGGAAAAGGAGAUACCAUCAGCAAGAUGCCGGACGUCAAGGAGUGUGAACCCUUGAAGGACCCCGGCAAUGCAGAGUGCGGGUCCUGUAAGCCCGAAACACCAGGACACACCCAAGAGGACAAGAACGGCCCGAAGGACAGCUCUCUCGAUCUGAUGGAUACAGUUAACGAAGUUUCCAAGCUGAGCAUUGCACAUGAGAUUGUGAUGAAUCAUGAUUUCCACAUGGAAGAGAAGGUUUUACCUCCAAAUAGUCUGGAAAGCAAGGUCAAGGAGACAAUGCACAACGCCUUUUGGGACCAUCUUAAAGAACAGCUAUCAGCAUCUCCUCCUGACUUCACUUGUGCUCUUGAACUUCUGAGAGAAAUUAAAGAGAUCUUGCUAUCACUGCUAUUACCACGCCAGAACCGCCUAAGAAGUGAGAUCGAAGAAGCUCUGGACAUGGACCUCCGCAAGCAGGAAGCAGAACAUGGGGCCCUGGAUGUUCCUCAUCUCUCUAAGUACAUUCUCAACAUGAUGACUUUGUUGUGUGCACCUGUUCGAGAUGAAGCAGUGCAGAAACUAGAGAACAUUACAGAUCCUGUUCAGUUACUGAGAGGAAUCUUCCAGGUUUUGGGCCUGAUGAAAAUGGACAUGGUAAACUACACCAUCCAGAGCCUUCGGCCCCACCUGCAGGAACACUCCAUCCAGUAUGAACGUGCUAAAUUCCAGGAACUCCUUGACAACCAGCCUAGCCUUCUUGAUUGCACCACCAAAUGGCUAACCCAAGCAGCAGCAGAUCUCACCACGCCACCUCCAACUUCCCCUGACACUUCCGACUCCUCCAUUGUGGCCUGCCCCUCUCCAAAUGAGGCAGUCAACAACCCGGCACCCCUCAGCCCCACCAUGGUGCUAUCCCAGGGCUUCCUGAACCUCCUCCUUUGGGACCCUGAAAAUGAAGAGUUCCCUGAGACCCUGCUCAUGGACAGAACCCGGCUGCAGGAACUGGAGUCCCAGUUACACCAGUUAACAGUCCUGGCCUCAGUUUUGCUGGUGGCCAGUAGUUUUUCUGGCAAUGUUCUAUUUGGCUCACCCCAGUUUGUGGAUAAACUGAAGCGCAUAACCAAAGCCCUGACAGAGGAAUUUAACUCCAGGCCUGAGGAGGCUAUGCUGACUGUGAGUGAACAGGUGUCUCAGGAAAUCCAUCAAAGUCUCAAGAGCAUGGGCCUUGCUGCUUUGAGCAGUGACAACACAGCAUCUCUGAUCGGACAGCUCCAGAACAUCGCCAAGAAGGAGAACUGUGUCCGCAGUGUCAUUGAUCAGAGGAUCCGUUUAUUUCUCAAAUGCUGUUUGGUUCUUGGGGUGCAGCGGUCUCUGUUAGACCUCCCUGGAGGCCUUACUCUCAUUGAGGCAGAGCUGGCAGAACUGGGCCAGAAGUUUGUCAGCCUGACACAUCACAAUCAGCAGGUAUUUGGCCCUUACUACACUGAUAUCCUAAAGACACUCAUCCCCCCAGCCCAGGGACUGGAAACAAAAAUGGAGUCUCUCUGAUAGCACUAGCUAUCAAGCCUUGGCACCUUGGAUGCAGGAGAGAGGCCCACCAUCUUUCUGGAGUGACAUUACCAGUGGCCGACAGAGCAACCAGCCCUCCUUCCCUCCUGCAACCAGGGCUUUAGGGUCAACCAUGUAAACACCAACUGGCCUAAACCCAUUCACUAAUAAACUUCUGAAUUGCAAGAAAACCUCUACUCUUCCUGUGCUACAGCUGAGGCACAGGCCCUGGGUCUUUGGACUCCAACUAGCUCAAAGCCAGCAGGCUCUCAGUUUUCCUUCCAUUGGCUAAAUUUACCCUUCAGUAUUCAGAGCUUAGCAGCCAAGACACUCAGGUGCUAGAAUUGUUUUCUCUAAGGGCAAAACAUUUUUCUGAGGGCUCUGAGAACUCUUUGUGGAGUUAUCCAGGAUGUGAGUUUAAGGGCUUCUCUGGAAGCCAGAAAUUCAUUUUAUGCGAUU